AUGAUGAUGCGACCCGUUGUGUGUUUGCUGGUUUUUCUGCUGAGUGUUGCCUCCGUAUGCAUGGAAGCUAACGCGGUUUUUGAACGUGAUCUUAAACCUGUUUUUCCGGACUGUCCCUCUGAUACUUCAAAAACUCCUUGUACUCCUAAAGGUGAUGGUAAUGUCUUUACAGCUCUCUUGCAUGAUAGGGCUGGACCUGUGUCACCCUCUGCUGGAAGUUCAUCCUCUCUUACCAGAACCGGUUCUACUAGGACACUUGAUAAUGUUGGUCAAGAGCAACCAGGCCAUACAGCACAACCUGGGGUUCGUACAGAACCACCACGUACUGCACACCCAGAAACAUCAUCACAAGAAAUACAAAAUGGUCAAAACGAUAUGAAUCAAGAAGAAGGAGUACCACGUGCCGUUUCUCCGUCCGCCCAAGAAGGAAGAGGUGCCGACAGUUCAUCGGGUAAUUCUGCCCCUCAAGUGGACCGGAGUAAACCUACUAGUGGAGGUGAUCUCAGCGGUGGAGAUCAAAGUCAACCUCAAGAGGCAAAUGGAACUGAACAAGUGAACCAACCUGAAUCAAGUGAUACAGUGGAUCCCAGUACACUUACCACAUAUAAUCCCACACACCAAUCCUCUGCAGCUGCAGGUACUACUGUCACAACCGCUUCACAAGAAAAUGUCAAUGCCGAUACAAAGUCCACCACCACAACAACUACUACUACCACCACCACAACAACAACAACACUUCCACCUGAACUCACAAACAGCAAGAAGGGUGAUGCAGACAGCAGCAGCAGUAUCAGCAGUUCUGUGUGGGUGCGUGUGCCACUACUGAUUGUGGUUACACUGGCCUGUAUUCUUGUGUGCUGA